AUGCCAUAUAUAUUAGACGGUCAGAGAAGCUUUGCUGCUGGCCGGGGUAUUCAACAUCAACGACUACAUCCCCUUCACGGAUUCCUCGGCUUGAACAGAGUCAGGAGACGAAUGAAGGCCGUCAGAAGGGUCUACGAUGGCCUCUUCGAGGAGGUCAUCGACAAGUAGUGUCGGAGUCUGAACGAAGGGAUGAAGGCUGAGGACUCCGUGAUCGGCUCGAUCCUCUCUUCGAUGGGAACACAGUAUGAUGGGCUAACCUCAAGGCCAUCCUCAUGGUGAGACAACGACAAGAAGAGAUGUCAGAUUACAUUGCCGAAGUAUUCUUCUCAUCUCACAGCGUUUGUCUCUCCUAUUAGGACACGAUCACCGCGGGAUCGGACACGUCCGCAACCACGGUGGAGUGGAUGAUGUCGGAGCUCCUGAGGCACCCCCGGGUGAUGAGGAAGGUGCAGCAGGAGCUGGAGGAGGUCGUCGGCAUGGACAGGGUGGUUGAGGAGGAAGACCUCCCGAAGCUGCCCUACCUGGAGAUGGUGAUCAAGGAAAGCAUGCGGCUGCACCCAGUCAUCCCUCUGAUCCCCAGGGAGGCCCGGGAGUACUGUGUCGCCAAUGGCAUCCAGUUUGAGAAAGGAACCCAGGUGUUUGUCAACAUCUGGGCCAUGGGAAGGGACCCGAAUGAAUGGGUCAACCCUGAGGCCUUCUACCCAGAGAGGUUCGAGGCGGGCAGCGGGGGGGGGGCUGGGGAUCGCGAUAGCCUCGAGUCUGGCUCCCUCGCCUUCGGAGCCGGAAACCGGAGUUGCCCCGGCAUGCUGAUGGCUCUGACGACGGUGCGGAUCAUUGUGACCCAGCUGGUGCAUUGCUUCGACUGGGAACUCUCCGGAGAGUUGGACAUGUCGGAGAGAUUCGGGUUAAACUUGGCCAGAGCCAAAAACCUGCUCGUCGUACCUACCUACCGCCUUCCACCAGGAUCUUAG